AUGAAGCUGCUCGUCGCCACGCUCUUUACAGUCGGUCUCAGUCUGCUGGCGCAGGACGCCGCAGCAGACUACCCGCAUGUGUCCAGAAGGACCUGUCGUCGUCCCGCUACCUCGUCGCCAUCGCCCAAGCCCGUUCAGCAUACCUCGCCCCCGCCUCCGUCUACGAAGAAGCCGAUCGAUCAUCCGCCGCCCAAGACCCAACCGGUAGUACACCAUCAGCCAAAGCCCGUGUACCACCAGAGCCCUAAGCAAGCGCCUGUGAAGCCUCCUCCUGCUCACGAGCCAUCUCAUAGCAACGCUCCCAAGACGGCACCUGCUAAGUCAGAGAGUCAUGAGGAUGCACCCCAGCAUCAUCAUGAGGCUCAACACAAGAAAGGCAAACAUCACCAUGCACACAAGGGCAAGCAUCAUGAAGAGCCCAAGUCUCAUCGUGAACAUGCUGGCUACGUUGCCGACGAAGCAAUGACAGCGCAUGAUGCUCACCUCGCACAUGUCGAUCAUGUCGGUCAUCUUGCGCAUGUCGCACACCAGGCCCAUUUGGACCACGAAGCCCAUUUGGCUCAUGAGGCACACCUGGCGCAUGAGCACUCAGAGGCCAGCAAACUCGGAAAAGCUCGUCAGCCGAAAGCAGACCAUGGCGAUAGACCCAAAACGCAGCCCUUUGAGCCCAAGCCCAAGAAGACUCAGCCGGCUUUGCAGAAAGCUGCGCCCGAGUCAGCAGAGCACCAUGCGUCUACGCCUGUCCCAGCCCCCCAACCCUCGCGACCCGCUCCCCGUGGCAAGGACGCGAUCACGAUGGCUGGGGCUCUGACACUGAGCGGACAAUAUGCCGUCAAGGAGACGCCCUGCUCUGGUAUCAUCCUCUCAUCGAAUCAAUGGAACCAGUACGCCGGCCAGGGCAAUCAGAAAGUCCACUUUGAUGGCUGUGUCGGUCGCUCGAUCGCAUGGUCGACCGAAUGGGAAUGGUCUGGCGCCAAGGAUGUCGUCAAGACGUUUGCGAAUGUUCAGCGACGUACCGGCAGCAGACACGUUUCGACUUACAAGUCGCUCGUGUCGGAAUGGCAUUGGAGAUACGAGAAUGCCGAUUCGGCUCAUGCUGAUGUGUCCUAUGACAUUUUCUUGUCUAGGUCUACUGAAGACGGCAAGGGCAUUGCAGACUCGACCUCAACGGCCGAGAUCAUGGUCUGGCUAUCGCGCCGAAACGUCAACCCGGCAGGCUCCAAAGUUGCCGAGGUGACCGUCAAUGGCUCGCGUUGGGAGGUCUGGACGGGUACCGUACAAACUUGGGAUAUCGUGAGCUACGUCAACAUCGAUAGCGCCAACAUGAACGAAUACAGGGGAGAUCUCCUCCCCUUUGUCCAUCACGCUAUCGACAACUACAAGAUCGAGCCGACCAAUUUGUCCGGUGUACAAGCAGGCCACGAACCUUUUGUCGGAUCAGCUCGCCUUGUCACGACAAAAUGGGACAUCGAGAUUGUCUAAGGCUUUUCUGUCCUGAUGUGUCUGCGGGUCAAAUGCAUUCAGAAGUGCGGGCAUU